UUUAACCCGUUUGUCUAAUUUCUAAUUGUCUUGCAAAAUAUCAUGACGCUUGCUUGAAGCCGCCGCUAUUAUCCAAUUGUGCUUUUCCUGCAAAGGACCAUACAUAGAGAUACCUGGGGUUUGAGGCAUACUUGGAAUCCCCACAUCUUCAGCCAUCCCUGCCAGAUUCACUCGUUGCCAGCCGCUGGCUUGACCUCAUAUCAUGGAGUCGUACCUCCCCCGGGCUCGGAUGGCCCUGGGCGUCCAGCGUCGAUUGAGUAGGCUUUAUAAUGAUACUAAGAAGUCAUCCGACUUCGUCCAGGAGCCCUUACAGGCUGCCGAUGAUCCCGAGAUCAAAGCUUUACAUCGUAAACUACGCAUUCAGAAGGACAGGCUUGUUAGCUGGGGCGUGGAAUGGUCUGACCGCACUGAUUCGAACCAGUCCCCCGAGAUCGAUGAGGCUUUGAAUCAAGCUGGCUUGACGGACCUUGUUGGCAGUAUCAUGGGUACCAUUAAGGAUAUCUUGGCCGAAGCAGAGCCCCUCUGGCUUGCCUCGAAGCGAACCGCGGGUAGUGAAAAGUCGCACGAGAAGGCCUCAGGGGACCGGAAAGCCCCACUGAUAGUAUGGGAUAAAGGUAGAUUUGAGGACCUUGUGAAGGAUCUCACAGCCUCGAUCGAUACGCUUUGUGACCUAUCCCGCACUCGUUCAUCCGCCGCUAUAAUCAGCAGUACUUCAAAAAAUACAAAUACGUCGAAACAGUCUAUAGAAGAUCUACGGCCUUAUGGUUCGACGCGAAUUCAGACGCCUCAACAGAUCGACCCCCAGAAGCUCCUAAGCCUCAGAUCUUUCCAGGCUCAGUCUUUGUCUGAGAGUGCGCCAUUACAGGAGAGACCACAGGAAAUUUUCUUUAUGAGCAAGCAGGAUUAUACCGAUCUGACGCACCGGCCUGCUAGACGACCAUGGUGUCCGCUUCUAGUUGAAUAUGCCGAAUUCGAUCCAAUUUAUUCCGCAACAGGAAUUAUGCCUGAGAUGACCCGUUUUGAGAAGCUAAGUACAGGACUUCAGACGGAAUCUUCGAGAUCUCCUGGCGCGUGGAUAGGAUUACCUCUAUUGCUAGGCUAUUAUGAGGACGUGGAACGUUCUAGGGUGGCCUUGGUUUACUCAUUCCCUCCUACCUUCAGCGCUAUCACGUUCGACAACGUGACGCAGCACCCGGUCGACAAUUUGUGCACGCUUUCUAACUUGCUUAGUCGACCAAACUUUGAACCCACCUUAGAGGCUAAGUUUCGUCUCGCCUACAACUUGGCCAAUACCGUUUUCGAUAUGCAUUCCCGAGGCAUCACCCAUGGUAAUCUUCACGGUUCGACAAUCUCUUUCGUCAAUACGGUUAACAGUGAUACCGGCAUGCCCAACGCGAACGAGAUAGACAUUCGGCGUCCAGUUAUCUCCUCCUUCGAUAUUUUCCCCAACUCGCCCUCUUCUUCAACAGGUCAUUCAUCCUCCAUGUUCCUCCUGCAUCGCCAUCCACUUGAUCCACGAACCACCAGCCAGUCUCCAUUAGCUGUGAACAGUGAUACCAAAACCCUAGAUCUGUACUCUCUUGCCAUGAUGCUCGUCUCUAUCGGCCUCUGGACUACUUUGGAGAACCUUGUACCCAAUCUAGACUCUCCUAGCGUUCCAGAGUCUGUUCUCGGUCAGCUGGCUAUUCGAUGUGGUACACCAUAUAUGAGGGCUGUGCAAGCAUGUUGGAAUGCUGUUGAACUGGAACUCUCGCGGCCUGGCAACGGUGACGAGAUUAUCAGACAAGUACAGUCGCGAGCAAGUGGCUAUCUCGAGGCAUGCUGUAUCCUGGAUAGCGUCAGCGAGCUUGACGAUCGCCUAAGCGAUGAUUUCAUGCAUGCACCCUCACGUCAGAGUAUCAAGCCAAAGGCCUCUACCACAUCGUUGCCAGGAUCGUCUAAGACCAGUACGAAGAGCCAAAGUUAUGACAUAAAACGUGCACUGCCACAGGAACGGUCACAAUCCUUUCCCACCGAACGUGAACCCCUUGUGAAGUCGCACCCAGUGGAAAGCAUAUCAGAGAAGUCAAAAGAACUUAAAGAGCCCAGAGAGAAACUGCCCAAGCUUCGUCUGUAUCCUCAAAUCCCAUUGCCAGACGACGUAGUUGAGCAAUGGAAUGAGAUCCUGAUGCCGCAAAUUAAUCUAGCUUUACGACAUUUUUACCGCAAGCACCCGGAAUCAGUCGAAAUAUCAAUUGAGUCUAUAGGCGAGUCUCCCCAGAAAACUACACCCACUGUACUAGUUGUGUGCACUUCAGUGAGCAAAGUGCGUGCCAUAUUGAAUAAAAAGCUGGGUAUUCUAUUUGAUGGUACCACAACGAAUAUAGCACUCAAAGUAUGCCGAGGGUCUAUGGUGAGAUCAAGGAAAGGUCCCGUACGAAGCAUGGCAAAGAGCGAUACACAGGGUGAUUCGAGUCGACAUAGCUACGUUGAAGGAGAUGAGUCUGAGGAGAUCCCUGCAGCUAAUCCCGAUUAUCAACAAAAGCCACAAAAUGGCGCGAGCAUUGGGGCAUGGAUUGGAGACAAGCAUCUUCCACCAGUGAGCUUAGGAGGUGUCAUUAUCGUGGAUGAUAAACCCUAUGGCAUGACUGUACACCAUAUGCUAGAUGACCCCGACCGUCCUUUUCAAGGAUCAGAUGAUUUUGAAGAACUUACGGAUAGCGCAACACGAGCCAGUGCACCAAUCUUCAGAAGCAGUGCAUCGGCACGAGACCUGUCGUAUCUCACUGAAGGGGAGACGUCCUCUGAAGGUAGUGACUUCGCUUGCGAGUUCUCCGACACUGAGUCUGAAUACUCUGCGACAGAUAUCACUAGCGAUGAAGAGGAUGAAGAUGAGGAUGAGGAGUUCAACCAGCCAGGCGACAUUCCCGGGAUAGAACCAGGAUGUGGACACGGAUACAUUGUAACACAACCUGCUCUUGACGAUGUGCCUGACGGGUUUUAUCCUUCCCCUGAAACGGAAAAUGAGGUAAUUGAUACUUAUAGCGUUGGUGAAGUCUACGCCUCUUCUGGCAUUCGAAGACGAACCGAAAAUACUCUCAUUCAUGAGAUAGAUUGGGCUCUAUUUGAAUUUCAAGAUGAUAGACUUCCGGAUAAGAAUCUGUUUCCGCCAGUCGAUGCUGGAGACCACCGGGUUUUGACCUUCGAUCAUUUACAGCCAGUGGAGGUGGCUCCUGUAAAAUCUCUACCUGGACUAGACGUACAAUGUGUAGCUCGCACUAGUGGUACACAAGCUGGUCGAAUUCUCCCCGCCCUCACGACGGUUAAGAUUUAUGGACGUGCCUCCCCAAGUCACUCAUACCAAGUUAGCGGGAAAAUACCAGGUGUAUCCAAACCCAUGACACCUCCCAACCAGGCAGGACAUGGUGUAUCCCUCGGCAUACCCGGAGACUCAGGUGCCUGGAUUGUCGACAGACUUUAUGGCCGCCUUUGCGGUCACAUAUUAGCAUGGAGCGAGCGUAAACAGGUUGCCUAUAUAUGUCCUAUGGACGUCCUUCUACUCGACAUCGCGGAAACGCUACAGACGACAGACGUACGACUACCCAACGGAGAUAUCCUCUUCGCGAGUUCCGAUAAUAGGGCCGAUAACGACGUAGUAGAAAUAUCUGGGUCCGAGGCUUGGACAGAAGAUGAUAUCCCUGAUACUGAAGACAUUUAUCAAUCAUCGCAACCUCCUAUCGGGAAGGACAAUGUGAACAUGGAUAUAUUAGCGAGGGAUAUGGAUAAGGUACAUAUCCAGGAAACGGAAGUUCGGUAUAGAAUGAAAUGAAUUGGACAUGACGGGUAUUAUAAGCUACAGCUGGUUACGAAGAUCAUGAUGGUAAUUAGUAGAGUGUGCAUUUGGAGGCUCAUUUUUCCUCGGGAUAUUCUUCGCGUUGUUCUCUCCUCUUAUUAUCCACUCGUGAGCUUUUUAUAGCUCGAUACAGCUAUUAGGCACUUUCCCC